CCCUGCUCAAGAUUCUAACGGCAGAGUGUAGUGAAGACUGAUUCAACGGACUUAAACACUUCACAUUCACGCUUUACACAGUUUUUGCAGAUUAUUCACAUAAUUAUUCCUUACAUUUAUAAGCGCUCCUCAUCCACCACCAGUUUACAUUCAUUGUCUCCAUAAUUAUCAGUAUAAUCAGAUUUUUGCCAUAUUCAAACGAUGUCUACAAAAACUGAGCGCAGUGAAUCUGAGAAUGCGCCAGUCGCUCGAGCGGCCUGGGCUUCAGAAGAAUCAAGUUUACAAAGAAUCGACCUGAUCCAUGAAAUAAAGGACAACAGUCCAGCAGACAAAGGGAAGAAGGGGAAAGCGAAAGCGGUGCAUGUCUUCUUUCAGAAGCUGUGCGCGGCUGUGAAGCAUCCGGACGAAGUGAUGCAUCUCUCAGCACAGACGGAUGCUCAUCUGAACGAUCCUGAGGUGACUGCUGUCCCGGGUGCCUCGGCAGUUCCCGAACUGCUGUGUCUGCCGGGUCAGGUGUUUGAAGAUCCGGAGUGUUCUUCCUGGAUCAGAGAGCCAAUGCUUCAUCCAGAUCCAUCCGCUCUCAAAGAAACUAAGAAAGAAAGGAAGAAGAGAGCAGUGCCUGAGUUCUUCCGGAAAACAUGUGAGGCUGUGAAGCAGCUCUUCCCCUGCUGCGACCAAGACAGAGCCCAGCCUCCUAAAGCAGAGCCAGAUCUGGACCAAUCUCAGCUUGUUCCGCCAGAUCAGGACCAUGUCUCUGCAGACCUCCAGUCAUCUCCUGAGGAAGAAGCUCCCUCUGAGAUCCAGGCCCUCGAUGCAGUUCUGGCCAGUUCAGUGUCCGGGUCGGUGUCCGGGUCGGUGUCUGGUUCAGUGUCCAGUUCGGUAUUGAUCGAGUCAGAAACGGCUCUGGACACAGUGUUGCCUGAUCCAGAAAUCACCCUUACUCAAGGAUCCUUUGUGUCUUUAUUUGAAGUGGGACAUCUGAUCACAUCUGGGAACUUCAGCAAGGUCUAUGAGGGAACACACGCAUUCAGUGACAAAGUGAAGGUUGCUCUGAAGUCUAUCCCCAAGCGCAAAACGGACCGCUAUCUUGACAUUUCUGGACACUCAAAACCUGUCCUUGCUGAAGUGGCUCUGAUGAUGCGGGUGGGAGAAGCUCCCUCGUGCCCCAACAUCUUGGAGCUACACCAGUGGCUGGAGGAUGAGAGCAGCUUCACUCUCAUUUUGGAGUACCCAGAACCCUGCAGGACCUUGGAGGAUUACAUCUUGUUCUCCGGCCCCAUCAGUGAAGCACAAGCACGCUUGUUUAUGCUUCAGGUGCUGCAAGCAGUCAAACACUGCCAUGAGCGUGGAGUUUAUCAUGGUGAUAUACGCUCGAGGAACGUCCUGGUGACUCUCCACAGUCUGGAGCUCAAGCUCUUCGACUUCCGCUGCGCCCGUCUGAUCAGCAGCGAGGGCUUUGAAAGCAGCCAAUACCAAGGAUCAGAAGCAUACACCCCUCAUGAGGUCCUCGGCCAGUCCACAUUCCACGCCGCAGCAGCAGACGUCUGGGCGCUGGCUGUUCUGCUCUUCGAGAUCAUACACAGAUAUUUGCCCUUCGAUAGCUUUGAUGCCAUUCAGCAUGGCUACGUCAGGAUGGAUCCCACCUUAUCCACAGCAUGCCAUGAUCUGAUCUUCCACUGCUUGAGCCGUAAUCCAGCUCACCGGCUGACGCUCCAGCAGCUGGAAGAGCACCGCUGGAUGAAAGCCUAGACUGGAAGAAGGCAGGGACCUGAUGUGCAUCAGACAGAGCAGAGCUGAGGAGUCUCAGGAAAUGCAGCGAGACUCUGGAGCUCCAAUAUGAUCCAUCAGACAUCAAUCAGCUGCUCGAAACACAAAGAACCUCAAGACACUUCAGAACACUGCCUUCUUCCAGCAUGCUAUUUUAAAUAAUAUCUCAGUACUUAAAUGCAAUUGAAGUGAUGAAUGAGUCUUUCUUAUUGCAUUACACUCAUAUUCUCUUUACUGUGAUUAGAAUAAUAUUUUAUAAUACAUUUCAUACAAUAAAGUGCAUCCAUCUGCACAGACACGAGACAAGAAGUAGCACAACGGAAGUC